AAACAACACUGAUCACAACACAUCCUUCUCUACAGCAUUCCACGUGCAGCAUGUACUAGAGCAUGACGGAGACUGUCGACAAAUUCGAUCUGAAAGAGCCCGACGAAGCACGACCGCCGAAGCGAAUGCGACUGGAAGCACCGCUCGACGUGACAACCAACACUCGCAACGAAAUGCAGGACGAAGACGAUUGGGAUGAUGUCUACGACUCCAACACUUCGAAGCAGUCCGAUGCUGCCACUUCAGCGAAGCCCGCUGAGCAACCAGGUCCGCCGAGUCCCGUUCCGACAUCUGCAAAUGUGCUGCCGCCAGUGACAACUGCACCACAAACAGGUGAUGCUGCUGCGAAGAAGGACAGCGAGCAGCUUCCCGAUGGCGUGCCUGCCGAGGCUGUAACACAAGGCGAUGACCUCGUCACUAGUCUGCCCGAUCAGCCCAUGCUCGAGCCGCAGGAAGAACGUGUCCUCGAUGAGACCACAGACAUUGUUCGCGAUGCUCCAGUACCGCAGGAAAGUGCUUCGGCAGGUACAGGAGGCCUCGUUAAUGAUGAUCAAGAGGCGGCAGCUGGUGCGGGUUCGGUAGAGGCGCAAGCGAAGGCAGAGGAGGCUGCAACAGACAAGCCAGACGUGCAGAUGCUCGACACAACUGGCCUGCUGGCGCGUCCAGAAAAAGUCACCGAUGACGCUGAGUUCAUGACUGCGGCGGCGGCACAAAAGGGGAGCAAGGAGUCCGAGUGGCAGUUCGAUUCGUCCGAUGCAGAGUCAUCAUCAGACUCCGACACUUCGUCGGACGACUCUUCCGACGAAGACAGCGGCAGCGAGGACGGGUAUGAGCUACUCGAUCCCGCAACCGCAGCGAAAAUGCUCAUGGCAGAUGACGGUAACGACGAUGGAGACCACAAGAAGGAUGCAGCAGACAAGGACUAUCAGCCGCGGACUGCGAACGAGGUCAAGGAAGAGGUGAUCCCAAAACCAGACGUGACUAUCACACCGGACAUGAAAAUAACCUUGCUUGGUAACAUAAGCAACACUGUUGGCAAUAUGGUCCUUAUCAAAGGCGUCACACCUGGCGAAUAUCAAGUCCUUGAGAGUGGCUCCGUCCUCUGCAACGAGAAGCGUGAGGUUGUGGGUGCUGUUGCUGAGACAUUUGGUCGUGUGCAAGAACCAUUGUACAGCGUCGCUUUUACCAACGCCGAUGAGAUCAAGGACCUUGGCCUCGAAUUCGGCUCCAAUGUCUACUACGUCGACAGUCACAGCACUUUUGUCUUCACGCAGCCGCUCAAGAACCUCAAAGGUACUGAUGCAUCGAACAUCCACGAUGAGGAAGUCAAUGAGGAUGAACAGGAAUUCUCAGAUGACGAGAAGGAGGCAGAAUUCAAGCGACAGCAAAAGUAUGCCAAGAAGGCUGGACGAGGCAAGCUCUCGCGCAGCGCCUUCGUACAGGGCCAGCAUGACUACGCUACACCUCCAGCUUCCGAUGACAGGCGGUUCACCGCCGGAGCUAGCGACGUUCCAUCUUCAAGCUAUGGCGGCGGCUUGAGCUACGAUGAUGAUGAGCCAGCAGACGAGUUCUAUGCCCCUCUCAAGCGUCCUGACAACCUCAGUGAGCUCAUGGCUGGCGGCGGUCCACCUCGUCCACAGCAAUCUUUCGAUCGCGGUCGCGGUCGUGGUCGCGGUGAUCGCGGUGACAGAGGACGAGGACGCGGCGGUCGUGGCAGAGGUGGCUUCGACUCGCGACAACAGCGAGGAGGCGGAGGCGGCCAGCAGCCCCACAGAGGUCAACGCGGCGACGCUUACGCUCACUCCAAUCGCCACACCGACAAUGCCCGCGGGAACCAUGCUUCCGCGCCCACAUCGUACACCGCACCAGCACCACAACAGCAAUAUCAAGCUCAACCACAAUCGCAACAACCACAGACAUACCAAUUCAACGGAUACCAAUUCCAAUACGGAAACACACCUCAAGCCGCCCAACCGCAGCAGUAUCCUAACUACUACGCCCAGCAACCCCAACAACCGCCGGCCGGAUCAUACGCCAACCCAGCAUACUACGCUCAGCAACAGCAACAAGCUGCCGCCUACGCAGCCUACGCUCAGCAGUACGGAGCUCAAGGCUACCCAGCUCAGCAGCCUCAGCAAGCCCAGCCCGGAGCUGCUCCACAGCAGAACCUCGACAUUGGUGCCAUCCUGCGCAAUCUCGGACAUCAACAGCCACCGCAAUGAAGCUGCAUGUAGAACCAAUUACUUGUCAGCUCGUGUUCGAACAUGCUGUGUACAGUACCAC